CGUCAACUACUAGCUGGUAAGAUGGCGUCCUGCAAUGAAGCAGGAAAUAGUGUCAAAUUGAUGUAGUUUAAACAAAAGUUAAUUUUGUUUGGGAUAUUGUUGUGAUCAUUCCAGGAGACAGCAAGCCAGUAGGAUGAAAACACAGUGCAUAGCUGUAUUCUCAUUAUGAUUCACUCCCAGUGUUGGAAGCAAAUGAAAAAAAGAUUCUAAAUGGCCUCUAGGAAAUCGGGAUCAGAUUUUCAGAACUCUGGUGCAGCCUUUAGUUAUCUUGAUGAUGUUCCAUUUAAGAUUGGUGAUAACUUCAAGAGUCCUGCCAAAGUGGGAUUUCCUGUUGGAUUUUGCAUGACAGAUUACUCAAAAGUAUUUAGAAAGAUUGAUUAUGAUUUCUCUUUUGAGAAGAGGACCAUAAAAUGGGCUGAAGAAAUAAAACAAAUUAAAGCUGCGCAAGAGGCUGCUAGUUUAACGAGGGAAAUUUCUUCAGUGACUGCUGAAUCUGAUGCAUUCUCUGAGAAAAAAUGUGGAAUCCAAUACAAUGAUAGACCACAUUCUUCAGCAUUUCCACUGACUAUUAACCCUAUACUUGCCAGUCUAAGACACAACAAUAUUCUAACCCCAAUGCCAGCAAAUAGUAAAGCUGUAACACAAAAAGACCCAAGUCCUCCUUAUACAACCAAAUUCAAUCUUGCAGACUUUGAAAGUGAAGAGGAUCCUUUUGAUAAACUGGAGUUGAAAACGCUAAAUGAUAAGGAGGAACUCAAAAAUAUUCUUGAAGUUCAAGCAAGUUCACGACCAAUGAUUAUUUCACAGUUGGAUAAUGACUUGGAUGUGCACAUUGUGGGAUCCACAGAUGCAUCACCAAGCUCAGAAGUGCAGGCCUCAACUGAGGAGGCUACCUCAGACUUCAAAUCUCUUCACAAGCCAAAUGGCCUCAUAAAUUUGCCACAGUUGGAGAACUGUGAAAAAGUGCCCUUCUCUGCCAAAGUAUCUCUCCCAUCUGCUUCAACUGUCAGCAAUAUCAAAUCUUUGUCUUUUCCCAAACUCGAUUCUGAUGACAGUGAGCAGAAGACUGCUAAGCUCACAGGUACUUUCCACAGCACAAGCCUACCUAAUGGCGCGUUGUUUAGCUCAGUAAAGAACAAUGAGCAGUACAAAGUUAGUGGUUUGAAUGGGCAUAACUUCCCUGUUAUGCCCCUCUGUUCUUCAAAUUAUGAACUUGGGAUUGACAGUACUGCAGCAGCGUUGUCGUCUUCCAUGUCAGAUGUUUCACCAGUUAUUUCUACUGCUGGAGUCAAAAACUCAUCUCAAACUGAAGCAAAACCGGCUAAUUCUGGAAACCAACCUGCUGCAGAAAAAUUCACCAUAAACAUCACUGAUGUAGCAAAGAAGUCGGAGUGUUUUGAUCCACUGAAAUCAUUGACUCCAAGUGAGAGGCACUGUGCUGCAACAAUAGUUAGUAUGGGAUACUCCUGUGAGAAUGUAAUAAAAGCCAUGCAGAAACGAGGAGAAAAUCUAGAACAGAUACUUGAUUACUUGUUUGUUCAUGGACGACUUUGUGAACUGGGCUUUGAACCAGCACUAGUGGAGGAGGGCUUGGAAAUGUAUCAGUGUUCAGAGCCAAAGACUUUGGAGUUUCUUAACCUCAUGUCCAAGUUCAGAGAAAUGGGCUUUGAACGGGGUGAUAUUAAGGAAGUUCUUGUUGUUCAUAACAAUGACCAGGAAAAAGCUCUGGAAGACUUAAUGACCCGUGCAGGAACUAGCUGAAGGCAACCCUUGUUCUAUCUCAGUCUGAUUGAGAGAACAGAAAGGAAAAAUAAAACCAUCCCACGUACGAUUCAGUUUCCAGCUCUGUUUAUACAAGCAUGACUGUAUAUUUCUUUCCUUUUGGACUUUUUUACGUGUAUGGCAGGGCAGGUAGGGGGUGGGUGUUGGUGGCGAUGGCACAGUAAUCCGUAAUUAAAGAAAAUUCCUUGCUUUGUAGGGAAGUCUAAGACGAAAACAAACAAAAUACAAGGUGACAAUGGUAGCAGUCUUAAUAUAUUGACUCAUUUAAUGAUGAAAGGAGGCUGUUAUAAUGUGGCUGAAGUACACUUUGUUCAUCUUCCUCCAACCAUGGCUUGAUGAGAGAGCAGUUGAAUCCAUUUCUGUCCUACUUUUCUUUCCUUCGCUCCCCAAGCCAAUAAUAAUUAUGUGCAUCUUCCAUUCUUGCACAGAAAUUUAAUUCAAUAUAUUGAAAAGCUGGAUGAUAAUUUUCCAAGGUUAAAGCUGCUUUAUGUCCUCUGUUAAAGGCUACAUUUACUGGACUGUAGGCUAUUGUAAAAUUGUAUUUGAAUUAAGUAACCUAUAGUGCAAUAGGAAUUAUUAGACUGGGCUAGUCUAUCAUCUGUCACUGGCUGGGCAGUAUCACCAUCUAUGCAUUUUGUUUAAAAAACACAAUCGGAAGGCAAAACUCUCAAUCUUCACAGACAAAUAAGGACAAAAGGAAACCCAGCAUUAAUCUACGCUCCAUCCCUUUAUGGGUCUCUCACAUGGAUUCCCUUAUAGGAAAUCUAUUCAUGGACUCUUAGAAGAAUUGCAGCGUGAGGUGAAAUUCUCAUAUACUUAAGCACUUUCUUUUAAUUGCCGCUGCACUUAUUUCAUUUACACUGUUGUUGAAUGUUACAUUAUGUCUUCCUCACUGCUGUAGUUCUGGAGUGUUUCUUUAUUAGUAAUCUUAGCAACAGAUCAUUUUUCUUUUAAUUUUAGAACAGAUAUUGCUUUGUUCUGUGUAAUGUUUCACAAACCUUCAACCCAUCAGAAGCAUUUCUGAGUCUUGAAAGUUGCUUAAGAAUUUGAUUCUGCAAAACAGGUACUAAUAAAACCUUACAAAUAUAUUUGUCUUUUUGAGUAACAUUUUAAUCUUAUGAUUGUUCUAACUUCAAAUGACUGAACAAUUGCAAAAUUAGGUUUUUUGAAAUUUUUAACAAUGAACUCUAAGAUACAAUUUUUGUCUCAAAUUGGUUUAGCUUUACUAGUUUAUUCCAUUCAUGGAAUAUAAUUUCUAACUUCAGUUCUUAACAUGUAUUAGUUUAUCACCUGUUGUUUACAUGAGGAAUCUGCUCUUCAAUUGAAAUGGGAUAACGUGAGCAAUGACUGGAACAGCCGCGUAAAUGUAAUUCAAACUCCACUUUGAAGUCACAUUCCAUGCUUUUUAUAUAUUUCUAAUAGAAAUACCCUAGAUUCAUAUUUACAAUUGAAACCGCCUAUAUAAGGUGACCAUGCUGAAAUCUCAUCCCAGUACUGCGGCUGCAACAUUUCAGUUAACGGAAAUGUAAUUAAUACAACUGCAUUAUGUUUACACAAGUACUGGUAGUUCCGAACAUAAAUUUGAAUGUAGGAGUUUCUAAUGAAAAAAGUUGACUGAUAAAACAAAUUCUGUUAUAUGCAUCAUCCAUUAACAAUUAUUACUUAUAAAGAGUUCAAGUGAAGUAAGUAAAAAGGUAAAAUAAAUAAGUUUUAGUUGGACUGUCUGCUUCUAAUGGUGUGGGACAAAUGACAAGCAAACUCUUGCCACAUUCUGCAAGUUUUUUUAAAAUUUGAAACAUUUUUCAAAAGAAAAUCAUUUCUGUCAUUGUCUCUGCUCCCUAGCUCAUGCAAAAAUCUAUAAUUCAUAUCUUCAUUAUCAUUAGAUCUCAUUGUGCCAUAAAUCCUAAUCUUACUGGGUUCCUGCCUCCUAAUACAACAAAGUAAAAAUCUUCAUACUCAUUUAUAAAUUAUUCCAUUGCCUUUCCUUGCAACCUCUUUCAGCAUGGGCUCUGCUCAUCUUCUGACUCAACUGCUGUGCUUUCUUCCACGUACUGUUCAUUUGGCAGCAGAAUUGUUUAUCUAGAGCACUUUAAACUUUCUUUAUUUCUUCAUAAAUAUCUCUUAAAUCUAGCUGUUUUGUUGGUGCCUUCAACCACCUCUCCUAAAUAACAUGGUUCAUACUUCUGUGCCAUGUUGGGAAUUUAUUAAUGCAUUUUCAUUAUCAUAUACGACUGGGAAAAAGAACUUCCAUAUCCAUGAAAUGUGAAUGUUGGAGGUAACUUAGAUGAUAGAAAUGUUAAAUAUUGUAACUUUUCAAGUUAAAAUAUUUGUUUUGCAGGUAAACUUGAAGUAGAUAAUUCAAUUAAUGCUGGAAUUCCAGUUUAAACUAAUUAUUUUCCGGAUUAAAGAUAUUAGUUGGGGUGAAUGUGUUUUCUUGUUACAAUCCAGUAGAGACUGAAAACUUUUAAAAGCUAUUUGAAUUUCCAGAAACUGUCAAAGGAUAACAUGACAAGACUUCAGACUUUCUGUAACAAACAUUCAACAUAGACGAAAUAACAUCUAGUCAAAUUAUUCUCUCAACUACGGAAGAGAUUACCCGCAACUUUUAAAGAACUGAAAAUGCCCCUCCCUGAUCAAUUAAGAGGAUAUUUCAUGCGUCAGUGCAAAAUUAUCCUCGGCUCCCACAAAUUCUAAUCUUUCAUGGUGAGCAUGAAUCCGGAGACUUUAUCUAACCAAAUCUGCGUGAAUUAUCUAGCCCCAUUUAAAUCCCCUCAGAUACAGUCUCUCUAAUCACUGCAAGGCUCCCACUGGAUUCUGUGCAGCGAAUGAUGAGGAAUUGUCACCUCUAUUUGUGGUUGCUCUCAGAUUCUCAUUGUGCAACCAGUGAAGUUCAAAGGUAUCUUAUGAAACCUUUAAAGCAAUAUUGUAAUGGCUUGCUGUUGCCUCUGCUCAUCUCUGUGGCAGUGUGGAACAUACUAGCCUGGUAGUCACGUAGUAGUGUUGAUUAGUUAUUUUCUAAACUUCUAACUCCAUUCUAUCUUGGAGUUAAACAGAGAGUGUAAAAUAUAACCAUUAAUAAAACCAGACAUUUCUGAUACCUCCCUGUGAUAUUCAGAGUUGAAAUGUUUAUUUGCCCUUCGGGGCCUCUAUUCUGGUAAUGUCUUUGGUUGUGAAUAUUUUGUACCUUCCCAAUAAAUCCACUUGGGCUUCAUUGUGUGAGUCAAAAGUGAGAUACUAGUAAAGGCUUGUUGUUAAGCAGGAUUCUGAAUCUUUGGAAUUGCAAAAAUGAAAAGGUUGUGGAGAUUCAAUUAUUAUGCCUUUUACAGAGAUUGAUAGGAGUUCUAGACAAAAGUAAUCAAGGCUUCCAAGGGUAAUGCAGAAAAGUGCGUUGAGGUAGAAGACUAACAACAAUCUCCAUGAAUGCUGGAGUCGGUUCGCUCUUAAAUGGCCUAUUCCUAUUUGAAGCAAAUCAUAUGACCCUUUUGACUACUUCUAUUAACAGUGAAUUAGGCAGACAAUUCCAAAACAUUAUCAUCUCUACAUAUAUGUAAUGGGAGAUGGAUUAAGGUGUUCCAAAAGAUGCAAGAUGCAUUGUCUAACAGAAGUUCAAAUUAAAACAGAAAUUGCUGGAGAAACUCUGCAGGUCUGGCACCAUCUUAGAAGGUUAAGUACGAGUUUAGCAUAACUUAACAUUUCAAAACUAUUGCUCCAGAGAUAAAACCUGUGCUAUUUUUGAUAGCCCUGUUAAUCCACAGUGCAACUAUUAGUGGUUGAUGUAUUUUUAUUGAGGUCCUUUUUCCACUACCCUAUAUAGGCUUGCACCUAUCAAGUAACAAGUGACUUUCCUAUUCUUCCUCCCAAAUUGACUAUUUCACAUUUAUCUAUAUUUAAGCUUCACUUGCCAGCUAAUAAACUUGAACAGAACAUAUAAUUGUACAGCACAGCACAGGCCCUUUGGCCCACAAUAUUGUGCUGAACUUUUACCCUAAACCUAAGGUCUAUCUAACCUCCACCCCUAUCUUAUACUAUCAUCCCCACGCCUAUCUAAUAGCUGCUUAAAUGCCCCUAAUGAGGCUGACUCCACUACCCUCUCCGGCAAAGCCUUCCACACCCCUACCACUCUCUUGCAUGUGUAAAUUAUGUCCUCCAACAAUUCAGUGCAGACCUCUUCAGUAUUGGCUAAUCACUUCUCUCCACUCUUUUAUCCUCACUGCCCCCAUUUAAUAAUAUGUGAUAAGUUAGAUUUUGUGAUUUGAUUCCAAAGUCCUUCAGGUAACUUAUGAAUUGCAGUUGUCCCAACCAGUGGAACAUACUUCCAGAUUUCUGCUACUCUUAAUAUCCACCCUUUAUUCUGUGUUUUCCUUUGUUUUGAACCAGCUAACAAUCCAAUUUGCCAUUUGUCCCCUGUUGUCUAAGACUGAAUUAAGGCUUUUGCAAAAAUACACUCUUAGUGUGACAGCAAAUAACCUUUAUCCCAUUAGUUUGCACUAGAUUUUUGGAGCUAAUGGGCCAAUGUGCAUCCAAAUGAAUGAAACAAAAUUAGGGCAGUAGAUUAAUGAUACUAACAGCUCUAGCUUAGUUUUCAUAGCGACUGGAAGUUAGAUACUUUAUUUGGGAUGAGGCAAUAAGACUAAUUUAAUCUCACAUUUCUUGAGCUGACAAAAAUUCUCAGAAGAUUCAGAAAAUUUUGUUGAGCUGAGGAUGUUGUCAAGAGUCCCUACAAUUGGCUUUUAUGCAUUGUUUGAAUAAAAUUUUGUAAAAUAGAAAAUGAGAGUAGGCCAUUCAGCCGUUUAAGCCUUCUCCACCAUUCAACAUGAUCAUAGCUGAUCAUCGAACCCCACGCACAUCUCCUGUUUUCUCCACAUACCCUUUACCCCUAAGAACUUUAUCUAGCUCCUCUUGAAAACAUUCUAGUCCUGUGGCAGAAUUCCACAAGCUCUUCACAAUAUGGUUGAAGAAAUUUCACCUCAUCUGCAUCCUAAAUGGCCUACACCAUAUCCAUAUGUUGUUAUGACUCCUGGUGCUGUAUAGAGAAUAUCCUUUCUCUGUUUAGCACAUUUAGUCCUGUUAUAGAAAGCUAUAAACUUCUAAGAAUCCUUCUUCAUUAUGGUAGACUCCAGUGAAUGUAGUGCUAAAUGAUCCAGUAUCUCUUCACACAUCAGUCCUGCGAUCCCAGGAAUUAGUCAAGUAAAUCUUCAUUUUACUCCAUUCCAUAGCUAGAACAUUUUUCCUCAGGUAAAGAAGCCAAAAUACACACAAUAGUCCAGGUGUGAGUUCACAAAGACAGUGUACAGUUGUAGCAACACAUCACUGCUCUUGUAAAAAUCAUCUUGCUACAAAGGCCUUUUCAGUGCCUGUUGCGCCUGCAUGCUUGCUUUCAGUAACUGACAUAGAAAGACAAAGAUAUCCAGGUCUCAUUCCCUCCCUCUUUCCCAAUCUAUUGCCAUUCAGAUAAUAAUUUGCCUUCCCUUUUUUACUACCGAAGUGGAGAACCUCAAUUUAUCUACAUUACACUUCAUCUGCCAUGCAUUUUCCCAAACAACUUGUCCAAAUCACAAUGAAGCAUGUCUGCAUCCUCUUAGCUCACCUCCCACCAAGCUUUGUGUCAUGUGCAAACUGAAGAUAGUGUAUUUAAUUCCUUCAUCCAAGCAUAUGUGUAGUGACAGAGUGGCUGGGGUUCAAGCACUGAUCCUGUGGUACCUCAUUAGUUACUGCCUGCCACUUGGACAAAGAACUGUGUAUUCCUACUUUGUUUCCUAGCUGUCAACCUCUUUGUUAUCCAGGUCAGUAUACUACCCCAAAUCCCAUGUGCUUUAAUUUUAUAUGCUAAUCUCUUACGUAGGAUCUUAUCAACAUUCUUCUGAAAGUCUAAGAAAACCACAUCUGCCUUGUCAAACCUACUAGUUGCAUCCUUGAAAAAUUCAAGUUGAUUUGUCAAACCUGAUUUCUUUUUUGUAAAUCCAUGCUGAUUUUGUUUGAUCCUGUCACUGUUUUCCAAGUACCCUACUAUUAAAUCUUUUAUAAUGGACUUUGGCAUUCUUCCCAUGACCGAUGUCUGGUUAACCACCCUAUAGUUUCUCUCUACUUUUUUAAAAAGCGGAGUUUCAUUAGCUACCCUCCAAUCCAUACGAACUGUUCUAGAGUCCAUAUAAUCUGAGAAGAUGACCACUAUUGCAUCCACUGUUUCUAGGGCCACUUCUUUAAGUACUCUAGGAUGUAAAUAUUGGGCCCUGGAAAUUUAAUUGUCCUCUAAUCUCAUCAAUGUCCUCAAUCCAUUUCUCUUUUAAUACUGAUUUUCUUCAGUUCCUCCCUAUCACUGGACUGUCUGUUCCUCAACAUUUCUAACACACUAUUGUGCUCUUCUUUUUGUAGACAGAAAUAUGAACAUAGAGAGUACAGGCCCUUUGGCCCACGAUAUUUUUUUUUUACACAGAGUUGAGAGCAUGGAAUGCGUUGCCAGCAGCAGUUGUGGAAGCAAGGUCAUUGGGGUCAUUUAAGACACUGCUGGACAUGCAUAUGGUCACAGAAAUUUGAGGGUGCAUACACGAGGAUCAAUGGUCAGCACAACAUUGUGGGCUGAAGGGCCUGUUCUGUGCUGUACUGUUCUAUGUUCUAUGAUAUUGUGCCGUGGAAUAAUCCUAAUCCAAACAUAAAAUAACCUAACCUACAUUCCCCUCAAUUCACUGCUGUCCAUGUGCAUGUCCAGCAGUCGCUUAAAUGUCACUUAUGACUCCGCUUCCACGACUACCACUGACAAACUAUUCCAUGCGCUCGCAACUCUCUGGAUGAGGAACCUCCCUCUGACGUCUCCUCUAUACCUUCCUCCUAACACCUUAAAACUAUGACCCCUCGUGGCAGUCAAUCCUGCCCUGGGGAAAAAUCUCUGGCUAUCGACUCUGUCCAUGCCUCUCAUUACCUUGUACACCUCGAUCAGGUCACGUCUCUUCCUCCUUCUCUCCAGAGAGAAAAGUCCGAGCUCAGUCAACCUCUCUUCAUAAGACAAGCCCUCCAGUCCAGGCAGCAUCCUGGUAAACCUCCUUUGCACCCUCUGAAAAGCCUCCAUAUCUUUCCUAUAAUAGGGCGACCAGAACUGGACACAAUAUUCCAAGUGUGGUCUCACCAGGGUUUUGUAGAGCUGCAGCAUAAUCUCGCGGCUCUUAACUUGAUCCCCCUGUUAAUGAAAGCCAAAACACCAUAUGCUUUCUUAACAACCUUAUCCACCUGGGUGGCAACUUUGAGGGAGCUAUGCACUUGAACACCAAGAUCCCGCUGUUGCUCCACACUGCCAAGAAUCCCAACUUUAAUCCUAUAUUCAGCAUUUAAGUUCGACCUUCCAAAAUGCAUCACUUCGCAUUUAUCCAGGUUGAACUCCAUCCAGUAUGUAUUUAAUUGUUUUGCUAUCUUUUUUGUUUCCCCAUUAUAACUUGCUCUGUUGAUGAAUGUUUCUCACAUUUUUCUUGUGUAUUUUUUUUCUUGUCACAAUCACUUUGCAUGUUCCCCACAAGUUUACUUUAUUUUCCUCCCCUUAAUCAAUGCCUUUGUCCUUAUUUGUGGAAAUCUAAACUGCUCCCAAUCCUCAGGACUGCUGCUCUUUUUGGCUAAUUUGUAUGCCCUUUCCUUGGAUCUAAUUCUAUUCCUAAUUUCCCUUGUUACCUGUGGUCGGGUCACCUUUUCCAUUUUGUUUUUGUGCCAGAUAGGAAUGAAAUGAACAAUUGUUGCAGUUACUCCAUGCACUGUUGAUAUUUGCCAUUUUAAAAUAAAAUUCUCCAAUUUAUCAUAGCAAGCCUAUGCCUCAUACCAUUGUAGUUUCAGGAACACAAUCUCAGCAUCAACUACAUCACUGUCCAUCUUAAUAAUAUAUAAUUCGUUAUGUUCUGUCUUCCCAAGGCCUCUUGCACAGCUAGGUUGCCUAUUAUUUCCUUUCCCACGCACAAAUCCUAAUCUAUGAUAGCCUAAUCUUUAGUUGGUUCCUCAAAUUAUUGAUCUAGAAAACCAUCUCGUAUACCUUCCAGAAAUUUCUUUAUGGUUUUGUCACUGAUUUAUCUAAUCUGUAAACAAAUUAAAGUCUCUUAUAGUUACAGCUAUACCUUCAUUGCUUUCAUCCACAUUUCCUCUUCAGUGCCUUCUCCAACAUUGCCACUUCUGGUUGGGGGUAUAUAAAAUCCCAUUACCAUUUUCUGUCCCUUGUUUUUUUCCAAACUCCAUCCACAUAUAUUCCAUUUGACUGGAAUCAAAAUCCUUCCUCACUAUUGAAUUAAUUGUUUCUUUAACCAGCAAUGCUACCCCACAUUCUUUUUGUCUGUCCUUCCUAAAAACUUAAUUCCCUGGUUGUUCAGUUCCCAUCCCCUAGUCACAUGCAAACACGUCACCGUAACUCCAAAUAUAUAUCAAUUUGUAUUUAUUUGCACGACUAAUUCAUCCAUUCUUAUGAGCAUUGAGACCCAGGGCCUUAACAAUUGUCUUUUUAAAAUUCUUAGUCCCCAUUCGCAAUAUUUUACACUUUGGCCCCAUUUGAUUCUCGCCCUUGAAUUCUCAUUCCCAUCGUCUUACAUUUUUGCCUUGGUUUCUCACUCUUGUCUCCUUGAAUAGGUUCCCACAGACCCAGCCAUUUCACUUUAAACUGUCCCCUGGUACAUCGGUUUAAGAUGCUGCCCAUCCAGCUUGUAGUGGUCUCGCCUCCCCAGAAUGUCCAAAUGUCCCAGGAACCUGAAACAAUUCUCCAAUGAUAUAACAUUUGCUGGAUCAGUACAAAUCAUUCCAGCUGUACCACUUCACUAAAUGCAACAAUUCACAAAUAGCUAAGAGACAAAAAUCUGCAGAUGCUGGAAUGCAAGUUCGACGAACAGGAGGCUGCAUCUGGAGGAAAGGAGCAGUCAAUGUUUUGGGUAUUACCCUUCUUCAAGACUGAAGCUCCUUUCCUCCCGAUGCUGCUUGACUGGCUGUGUUCUUCCAGCCUCCUGUUUGUCUACCUAAUUCACAAACAGUAACAGAAACAGGCAAUUCUACUUCACCCCUUCUCCCAUUCAGUUAGAUCAUGAUUGAUCAAAACCUCACUUUCAUUCACUAUCACACUACCAUAUGUCCAUCUUGAAAACUCCAAUUGUCUGCAACCUUUUGAAAGAAAUAAUGCAAGAUAUCAUGUUGGAUUAACGGGGGAGAAACACUAUCUCAGCCCCCCAAUUUCCAUCUUGUCACUCAACUUUCCCAGUUCCUUGAUCUGUCUCUCCCACUAAACCCCAACAUUUUCAAGUCUCCUUGUUGACUCCUGGGCAGUACUCUGCUUUUGCAUAAAUCAUUAUCCAGCACACACAGUGGCAGAAGAAUUGCUUUAUUCCUGAGACUGAGCUACACACAUUCAUUUCAGAAUGGCAAUUGAUAUAACACCAAACUUGCUGGAUAGAGAUCUUUCUUAUGCCAAAGCCAAUUUGAGGUGUGAGGCAGCACAACCAACCCUGUCUGUUCAUACUUCUAUACAGGUGUAGCAUAACUUUUCCACUUGAGAUACGGAUCAACAUUCUGAUUGUUAAUUUACUUGGCUUUUGUGCUGUUGAAUAAAUUUAAAUGAUGAAUUGGUUUAAAACUCCAAAAUCAUUUUUAUUCCUUUACAGCACCUGGUUUUUGUCACUUUAGAAAAUACUCUUGUUCUUCUUUGAGGUCCAAAACAAUGUACACUAAUUUUUAUUUUGUAAUGCAUGGCUGUGGGAGUUCCUUUGCAAUGCUUUAAUGUGGCUGUGCAGCUUAGAGGAACAUUAUUAGCUGUAGUUUCAGCUGGCAGCUCCUUGAGUCACCAGAUGCUAGGUUCAAAUCUUCCUCCAAGACUUGACUAGAAAACUUAAAGCUGUACUAUAGCGCAGUAUUUGAGAGUGUACUACUACAUCAGCAGUGUUGUCUAUUAGGUGAGACACCAAACUGAGACCCACCUGUCUGUUUGGAUGGAUGUGAAAGAUUGCAUGGCACUAUUUCCAAGGGCAGGAAAUAAUCCUGUAUCCUGGCCAAUACCUAAUGUGAAUUUACAUCAUAAAAACAGGUAUUUAUCAAAUUUCUGAGAUACCUAAGUGUGAGCAGGAUGAACACAGCAGGCCAAGCAGCAUCUUAGGAGCAGGAAAGCUGACGUUUCAGGCCUCAGGAUAUAGGCCCGAAAUGUCAGCUUUUGUGCUCCUAAGAUGCUGCUUGGCCUGCUGUGUUCAUCCAGAUCCACACUUUGUUAUCUCGGAUUCUCCAGCAUCUGCAGUUCCCAUUAUCUCUGAUACAUUUAUCAAAUUUCUGUCAGUAUUUUGAUGUACACAAAACAGAGGCUGCAUUUUCCUAUAUUUCAACAGUGACUACACUUUGGGAGGGAGUGAAGAACUAUGUAGGUUAUAAGCUGCUUUUGAGAUGCCCAGUGGUCAUGGCAAACACUGCGUAAAUCAAGUCUUUUUUGUGAACAACUUCAUAUUUAGCCACAUUAAACUUCAUCUGCCAUUGUUCUACCCAUUCACUUAACCUGCUUCUGUUCCUUUUCAAAUUCUUACUGUCUCUCCUAAUCAACCCGAGCUUGUUAUUCAACACUUUAAAUUUUGCAGUGUAUAAUCAUUUUUUUUCUGACUUACUGCUCGGUAUUGGCAAGCAAAAUUUAACUUUUGGCAAGAUUCAAUAAUUUCACGUUUAUCUGAAUUUGAUCAGACUACUGUUAAUGGAAGCAGCAACAUCGGCACAGAUUACCAUCUGUUUGCUGAAUUAAUGUUUUAGAUUUUUUUGGGGAGUAACAAGUCUAUUAGUAGAGCAUUAAAAAGAGACUUCAGUUAUGACCUUUUUGAAAAGUUAUAUGAAAGAAUGAUAGUUUGAUACUUUCGCAUCUUUUUCUGAUGGAAUUUGAUUUCUUUUUCCAAAAAUGGUAAUUUUUCUGGAGGAAUUGAGAAGCUGUGUUGACCAUCUGAGGGAGCUCGCUAUCAAAACAAAGCACUGAAAUUAUGCAAGGUAGUUCUGUUUCCUUCCUGUCAAAUAAUGCUCAAAAUUGAAAUACCUUUGAGGUUAUUCAUAUUCUGUAAACAAGUUAUAAGAACAAAAAUAUCAAUACAAAUGUUUUUUCUAACUUUUGGAAGUGGUACUGAAUUUUCACAUUAUUUAUCUGCAGACAAUGUUUAAAUAAGGCAAACUUAUUAAAUGAGUUAGCUUUUCUUUACAGCCUUUAUUUGAAAUACAAUUGAUUAAAUAAAUUUAGAUUUUAACAUUAAUAUGAAAAUGUUCAAUAGAGUUUUCAAACUGAAAGAUAUAUACCACAUAUGAAAAAUCGAACUUUACAGUUUCAAAUACUUGCAAUAAAAAUGUUGUGAAAUAAUUGGUACUUACUUCAAAUACUUCAUACUUCCAGUGUAUGCCCGUAUGUAAUCUGUAAUAAAGUAUUCAAUUCUUGAAAUAUCAAGAACUGGUUUAAUCCAUUAUUGCCUAUAAUCAAUUUUUAUUUU